AACAUAACGGACGGCUGCCUGGAAAGGGGUGUAGAGAAAUUCAAAAUUCAGACGUGCAACAACCAACACUAAGAGUUUCCAUCUCCUUUUCCCGUGCUCAAAAUCCAUCAAGAGAUACUUAGCCAUGAUGAUUCUGCGCCCAGAAUUGAAUUUCUUCACUUUGCUUUUCCAAUUUGGUAUCUCGAUGGAAACAGCAGGCAGGGUAUUCACUUUUACAGCAGAAUAUCUUUGAACAAUAGGCAGCAGACGAGUCACAACCUACCUACUUGUGUAAUCGGCCUGGCAACUUUUAUAUUCAUUCAUAGCUAUCAAUCAUACCUUUGCCUCAAUAAUUAAAAACUUCUCUGCGAGCUUUUCAAUGAGUCAACCCGCAUUUGGAUUUGGAGAAGUCUUUAAAACUGCACUCCCGACUUCUUCUUCUGAGGAAAACAGUCGCGCAACCGCAAAUCCUGGUCUUGUAUCCAACUCCAAGUUCUUCGCAACAAUUUCUACAGCCGACAAACCAAACGUACAUGAAAACUAUUCAUUUGCAAGUACGGAUACCAGUUCUUUACUUCGACUUCCAUUCGUUGGUAUGGCCGAAGAGGAUACAAAGAUGGGAGGUACGGUUUCUGUCGCGCAGCAACAUCAAGAGAUUCUGCAUAAAGAUUUUGCACCAUCGACUUCAUCUAAUUCAGAAGCUGAUUUAGAUGUUGAUAUGGAUGCUACUCAGGACGAGUCUUCAAGUUAUUCUAUAUCAUCUCAAUCUGAGGAGUCCUUUGCGGAGUCCUUUGCGGAGUCCUUUGCAGAGCAGCAAAGCACAAAGCUAAUGAUGCAAAGCUCUGCAUUGAUGGAACCGAUGGCCACUCAGGAUCAACCCCAAUCUCAGUUUAUGAAAAUCUCCACGAUGGAGGAAAUGAACCUCAUAGGUCCUCAACUGUCAUCGCCUUCUUCGUCCUUUCCUUCGCCAAUUAUAAAAGCUAGUUUGGAUAUUGAUACGGAUCCUGCUAAGGACGAGCCCCUGACUUUAUCGGCUACAUCCGAAUCUGCAAAGCUGCCAGCGAUUUUGGCCAAUCUUCCACCGCUCCCUGGACAAAUUAAAAAAGUCGAAAAAGCUACCGACGAUUUUAUGCCAAAUAAUCCCUCAGAUCUUUGCAAACCAAGCUACCGUGCGUAUGAAAGUAUGUGUGAAGUCUUCGUAGAAAAGGCUGAAAUGCUCAAAGCUGGAAAUAUCAGAGGAUUUAUCUGUCACCUUGACUUCUCUCUCGAAACAUUGCCAUUAUUACGUGCGCCAAUAAUGAAGGCUCUGGAAAAUGUAGGAAAAGCCUUUGACGAGUCAAAAAACUCUGUAUGAAGCCUCUUUUAUUCCCGAUGUGUUCUUUGCUAAUAUUGUUUUUAGGAUUCGUUGCAACCAAAUGAGAUGUCCAGGGAGGAAACUAAAUUAGUUACAACUUCCAAGUCCGGUUCUGAUCAUAGAAACACAAAUGCUGCAAUGGCAAGUCAAAUCGGCAAUAAUAAUUCUAAACAAUACUAAUACAUCUGCAGGAACGAGCUUUAUUACCUUUUGCUUCCAUGGCAUCUGAUUACAUCAGAACCAAAUCGCUCUGCAAAGGAGGUACCUCAUCCCUUCAUACCUACGAAGAUUGGCACAUUCACGAAAUUUCCGAAUGCAAGAUCAAACAUGAAGAGGAAAUUUACCCCAACGGCUUUAAUCCAAAAUUAAUGUCCAUCUUCAAAAAAUGCAGCAAGCGACGUCUUCGGAGCGAGAGACGUAAAUUGUGGAGUGAACAGGCUAGAAAGGGAUCAACGCAUGUGCAUAGAAAUCCAUUUUUAUCCGAAUCUUUCAUCAAAGAGUUCGGAGGCGAGAGGUACAAGGAGUUGGAGAAUCAGGCCGAGAUAGAUUUUUUGAGGAAUGCGGCGUAUCGGGAGAUUACUAGUCGAAAAGUUGGAGAUCUCUAUUAUAGGAAGAGGAGAAGUUUCUUUUUGGAAAAGAAAAGGAAUCCUUCGCCUUUGAGGAAGGAGUUGAGGAAAUUUCAAGGUUGUUGGGUUUCGGAGGAGGUUAUGUCGGCGAAGGUGGGGACCGGGAUAAUGGGGUUUGAAUAUGGGGGUGUUGGGAAGAGGAAACGUAGAUUGGAUGUGGAUGUAGAUGUAGAUGUUGAUGGGGAGGAGGUAGGAGAUGAACAAAGAAGUUACAAAGCUAGGAUGGAAGCGAGGAGAUUGGAAAUUUGUAAUAGGGAAAUUAGGGUGAAGUCUUCAGAGAUACAGAGAGUAAGAGAGAAGGAAAAUGAAAAUAAAAAGAAAAAGAAGAAGGAACGCGAAAUUAGGAGGAAAGAGAGAAGAGAGAGGAGAAAUAGAGAAGUGGAUCGUGAGAGGUGGGAAAAUAGAGAAAGGUCUGCGUGUGGUGUUACUCAGGCUUGGAUUGAUUUGGGGGUUGAGAUGGGAAGGGUUGGGGGUUGGGAGUGAGGGUCUGGGUGGUUUGAGUUGCAAUUGGGAUUGGGAUUAGGAGGCUUUGUUGAUUGAUUGAUGGUAUGAAGGAUGCGGAUGGAUGAAUACGAAUGAGGAUUUAUGCGGAUA